CCAUAUUUUAUUUUAAGAUAUCGUGGAACUAUAUUGACAGUUUACAACUUUCCAUAAGAAGACGACUUAAACUAAAAUGAACACCAUACUAUUUGUACUAUUUUUGGUACGAGCUACGAGUGCGAUUUUACCCGAGCCAAUAGAUCAAUGCGUAAUAGAGACGACUUCAUUUCAUACGCUUCUUAAUUUUGCCUCAAAUAUUGUAAAAGUGAAGGACGCUAUCUGCAAUAGCAAUCAUACACUGAAAUCAGGAGGACAGAUUUCUGAUUAUAACACAGGAUUGGCAACAAAAGAGGAUAUCAGAAAAAUAAACACGCAACUGGCAACAAUACUUGCAUUACUACAAAGUUGUGGGAAAGACGCAUGUCAUACGUUUUAUCCACAAAACUGUGAAGACCUGUUAAUGAGAGGUUACAGAGAGAGUAAGGUGUAUUCCAUUUACCCAAAUAAAGAAACAGUAUUCCAGGUCUAUUGUGAUCAAGAGACAGCUGGGGGCGGAUGGGCGGUAAUGACCACGAAAAAAAUAACAGAAUACGGGUUCGGAAACUUAUCAAAUGAAUUUUGGCUAGGGAAUGACAAAAUCCACACACUUACAAAUUCAGGACGAUACACUUUACGAAUCGACUUGAAGGAUUUUUCAGGAAAUUCUCGAUAUGCAAGCUACAGCACCUUCAAUGUUGGAAAUGAGGAAUCUUGUUAUUUAUUGAGAGUCUUAGGUUACAGUGGAAACGCUGGCGACGCAUUUGGGAGUCGACACAAUGGCGCCAAAUUUGUCACAAAGGAUCGUGAUGAUGAUAAGACUUGUGCCCAUAGAUUCAGAGGGGGGUGGUGGUACCGAACUUUUCACCUGGCUAAUCUCAAUGGUCUCUACUUGAGAGGAAAUCAUUCAUCCUACGCUAAUGGUGUUAACUGGCAUAACUGGCUAGGAUAUCACUACUCCCUGAUGUUUGCUGACAUGAAAAUCAGAAAGUAAAGGAAGUUAAAUGAAAACAUACUAAAGGCAUACAA